AUGUCGCCCAGGAAGCUUUCUAAAGCCAAGGAGUCAGAGUCUGAAGUAAAGGCUGAGGGAGAGACUGCAUCAGACAGUGAGAGUCGAGCAGACCCCGCUCCCCCGCCGACCUCUGCGGAUGAUACCCCUGAGGUCCUCAACAGGGCCCUUUCCAACUUGUCUUCAAGAUGGAAGAACUGGUGGGUGAGAGGCAUCCUGACCUUGGCCAUGAUUGCGUUUUUCUUCAUCAUCAUUUACCUGGGACCGAUGGUUUUAAUGAUGAUCGUGAUGUGUGUGCAAAUUAAGUGUUUCCAGGAGAUAAUCACCAUUGGCUACAAUGUCUACCACUCCUACGACCUGCCCUGGUUCAGGACCCUCAGCUGGUACUUCCUCCUGUGUGUAAACUAUUUCUUCUACGGCGAAACCGUGACAGAUUACUUCUUCACCCUGGUCCAGAGAGAGGAGCCUCUGCGGAUUCUCAGCAAAUACCACCGGUUCAUUUCCUUUACUCUCUACCUGACAGGGUUUUGCAUGUUUGUGCUGAGUCUGGUCAAGAAGCACUACCGCCUGCAGUUCUACAUGUUUGGCUGGACCCAUGUGACCUUGCUGAUUGUUGUGACCCAGUCACACCUGGUAAUUCAUAACCUGUUUGAAGGGAUGAUCUGGUUCAUCGUCCCCAUUUCCUGUGUCAUCUGCAAUGACAUCAUGGCCUACAUGUUUGGCUUUUUCUUUGGUCGGACCCCGCUCAUCAAGCUCUCCCCGAAGAAGACCUGGGAAGGCUUCAUUGGGGGCUUCUUCGCCACUGUGGUGUUUGGCCUCCUGCUCUCCUAUGUGAUGUCGGGGUACCGAUGCUUCGUGUGCCCCGUGGAGUACAGCAACGACACCAACAGCUUCACCGUGGACUGCGAGCCCUCGGACCUGUUCCGGCUGCAGGAGUACACCAUUCCUGGGGUGGUGCAGUCGGCCCUUGGCUGGAAAACGGUGCAGAUGUACCCCUUCCAGAUUCACAGCAUUGCCCUGUCCACCUUCGCCUCGCUCAUCGGCCCCUUUGGAGGGUUCUUCGCAAGUGGAUUCAAACGAGCCUUUAAGAUCAAAGAUUUUGCCAACACCAUCCCGGGCCACGGCGGCAUCAUGGAUCGCUUUGACUGCCAGUACCUGAUGGCCACCUUCGUCAACGUCUACAUCGCCAGUUUCAUCAGGGGCCCUAAUCCGAGCAAGCUGAUCCAGCAGUUCCUGACCCUGCGGCCAGACCAGCAGCUGCACAUCUUUAACACCCUCAAGUCUCACCUGACCGACAAGGGCAUGCUGACAGCCUACUCGGAGGACGAGUAGCGACCUCUGGGCAGCGGGCCGGCAGGGAGAGCUAGAUCAGCACUGAGCGAGGGGCAGGCCUCGGGAGGGCCCAGCUGGUGUGUGGCUCGGACAAUGACAAGGCUUGAACUCACUAUUUUUACUUCUAUUUUUUGGUAGUGUUUUUUUUAUUUUUUUAUUGUGGGCUUUGAAAACCAGAAAUCUGUACAUAGAGGCUUACGUGUUUAUGAUUUGAAUGGUGAGUAAACAACAGCUUUGAGUUGGAAAGAAGUCACAGGUGUAAAGCCACUGGGUUUUUUUUUUUUUUUAAACAAAAGUGUUUCGCCCUCUGGAAGACAGUAUUGUCCUGCUGGAGGGCCUCUGCGUGGUGUGCCCAGCCCCUGUCCCUGGUGGGGCUCUUGGUGGACAGGGGUCAGAGAGCAAUGGACAGUGUCUGCCAGACCCCAGGGGCUCCCAGCUCAGCAUCUCUCAGCUGGCCCACCCGCCUGCUGUGGGGGCGCAGGCCCGGAGCAUGGCUCUAGUCAUUCUGCCUCGGACCUCUGAGAGGUGGGCAGCCUUCCGCUCUGCUGAGGGGACACAGGCUGAGGAGUCACGGGAGCGUUUCACCCACAGCAGAGUCCCGCGGAGUGUGAGCUCUGCUUUCUACAACAUGAUUUCACAUUUCUUCCUCCCAGGCUGCAAGAAGGCCUCCGUUUCUAAUUUUUUAAGAAAGCACGGAAACUUAUACUAGUCGGGGGGUUGGAGGCACCGCGCUGUCAUAUGUCACAUGCCUGCAGUAGAGUGGAUUGUAACUGAGCCCGUUCCCCCAGAGCCUAGCCUCCCUGUCCUUCUGGAGCAGUCCAGCUGGCUGCCUGUCUGGAAGUGGCCGCUGUUGGCUGGGGUUGAGGGCGCCUCCGCCUUCCUCAGUAGGCAAGGGGAGAGGGAAUGGGCUCUAGUGCCGCAGGCUCCCCUCUGGGUCCUCUGCCCCUGUAGCUGCUGUGUUGUGUUGAGGCCGUUCAGGUGAGUGUGCGUCUGGGUCUGCAGAGGCGCCGGUCUACGGUGAGUUCAGUUGUGCUGUGGCUGGACUGAAAGCCCAGGCGCCGGCUGAAGACCGGGCCCGAGGAGAGGCGCGGCCGUCCCACGAUCAGACACAGACUCUUCUUAUCAUGUGACCGGUUUAAGUUUAGCAUGACUCUCUGGGGGUCCUCUUUUCUUCUACAACUGUGAGCUCGGUUUUUCCUCCCCCAACUGUAAGUCCCCAACGGGGACCCUGCUGUGCACAGCGCUGCGGCUGUUCUCAUGGCCUGCCGAGAGCGUGAGCUUUGCCGCAGCACCUUGUCCGCAGGCUGUAUUUUUGUUUGCUUUAUUCGUAUUACUUUUUAUUCAGCCGUCCAGAGGGGCACCGUGGUGAUGCUGAACACAGGUCCCCGUGUGAACGCCCACAUGCUUGUGGGGGCUAAAGCCACGGCUUCGGCCCCACUUUUACCUCCACUUGAGUGGUGUGGCUUGGCUUUCUUUUCUCUUCAGAAGGUUCAAGGUCUUCCUAAAAACAAAACCUGCCAUCACAAGGGGUCUCGGUCCUGCCUGAGUGGCCCUGGGCGACGACCCUGGGCCAUCCUCUGAUUCCUCUCUCCUGGCAUGCCGGUUGAGCAGGCUCCUUUGAGAAUUGAGCGCUGUCCUGGGCACUUGGGGAGACACAGCAAGCCCCAGGAGGCGUGCAUCCAGCCCAGGGCUUUUCCCAGUGCCUGUCUGGAAGUGGAGUCAGUAUGGCAGCGGCACAGCCUGACCAGGGAGGGCGAGUGGUGGCCCGGAGGAGCGGUCAGUCUGUCUGGGGAAAGAACAGGCCCCUGGCUGGAUUACAAGGGCGGCCUCUGCGCAGGUUGCCCACGUGGAAAUUGGGGAGAUUCGGAGACCCACUCUUGAGGCCAGCACCAUUUGGGAUCCAGGAGAGUGAGGGGGGGUGGCUGGGGUCCUGAGAAGCUGAAGCUGGAGAGUGUCGAUGAGUAUCUGAAACCAGGGGGUUGGCUGGGGUCGGGUCUAUUUUCUACUGGUUUCCCAGGGGUCCGGCAGCCUGGGAACACUGCCCUCUCGUGUCUGGGUAGCAUGUGGCCGGGGGCUCCCAUUCCCUCUGUGGUUCUCUUUAAAAAUGGCACCCUCAGACACAAUGGAGAGACUGAUGUAUCUCAUACCCUGCCAGCCCUAGGCGGGUGCACGCUUUGCUCCCGAAUCCUGUCCUUUCCCGCCCCUGGGAAUAAACGGAAACCCUUGAAGUGCGCUGUUCUGUGUGCGUCCUCCCUCGAGGUGAAGCCGCUGCCAGCCACUUCCUGGCAUGGGUCACGUUGUCACUCGUUCACGCCUUGGUAGAUCCUAUGUUGUCCUGCGUGAGAGGCUUUCUGCACGUUCUUUCAAGUUUCUGCUCUACACAUCCUCACACAGCCUUCUGAGGACCCCAGGCGGGUGUCAUGAGCCCCUUGCUGCGUGGAAGUGCAGGGAGCCCCGCAGGCUGACUCCCCAGCUCGUGGUUGCCCGGCAGGGCAGGGACAAUGGGGUGAGUGAGCCUGAGUUGGCAGCGUUCCCUCCUGCCCGACAGCUCCCUAGUGAGAGCCAAGGGUGAGCUAGCGGGGUUGCCCUCCCAGCGAGUUCAGUUGGGACAGCCGGGGCUCCAGAUCCUCCCCGCCAGUGCCCCCUGUGCCCCCGCAGGUGCACCCCUCUGUUCUGCUCCUGGAAUGGAGACACCCCUCCCCCCCAGGCAGCAUAGGACUUCGUUAGGCCUCCUUCUCUUUAAGGUCCGUGUCCUGGGCAUUCCAGAGCAGCUGCAGUGGACCCCCAUGUAAGCCUGCACUUCCGGUUCAUGUGUACAGUUCUCUAGGGUGUAUUUGAAACUAGCCUCCCUCUUGAGAAGGGGUGACAUGUAGUUUCAGCAUACACAGGGGGACUUUAGGAACCUCUUUAUGAUUUUUUUUUCUCACUGAACUGCUCCGCCCCCGCCCCCCUCCUCCCUCCCGGAUCCUUUAUCUUGACUUAAUUUAGGUAGGGAAAUCCCAAGGUGUUUUCUAAGGAGACCAAAUGGACCCUGUGGUCUGAAUCUAACCGACUUGCCUCAUGUUUUCUAAUGGAUCCUUGAGUACAGAUCUUCAGGAUGGUGGUGAGGUCCCAGCAGGCUCGGGACCCUCCCCGCUGCGGACAGAGAGGUGUGUGUGUGUGUAGAGGCUCUGCGGUAUGUGAAGUAGUGGUAGUGUGUGUGUAUGUAGAGGCUCUGUGGUAUGUGAAGCAGUGGUAGAGGUGUGUGUAUGUAGAGGCUCUGUGGUAUGUGAAGCAGUGGUAGUGUGUGUGUGUGUGUGUGUGUGUGAGAGAGAGAGAGAGAGAGAGAGAGCGAGCAAGCGAGCGAGCGCCGAGGCUCUGUAGUAUGAGAAGCAGUGGUACAUUCAUACGAAGCCAGCCCACAGUGGGUUCCUGAGAGAGCAGAUUUUCAUCACUGCAUAUCUGUUGAUCCAUCGUUGCCUGGCCCUCUUCCCGGUUCAGUGGUAGUGAAACAUCGCAUCUCCUGGGUUCUAGCUCCGGAGAGGAGGUGGUGGUGGUGGUGGUGAGGGAGCAUGUCUAGGUGACUGUCAAGGGCACAUUGCAGGACACACCUGAGCAGACUCUCAGUGGGUUGGACUCAGGGAGCACGGGACACCGGGUAGCCAGUGCGCACACCGCCAGGCCUUUGAAGGAGGGGGGCUGGUUCACGGAAGAGCCUCAGUCUCCCCUCUUCUUGGUCAGAACCUGCCAUACAGUUGCCCGGCUUGACAUUCUUCAAGGGAUCAAAAGCUUUCUUGACUCAUUUUCCCCUGUGGGGUGGGUGUUGUGAUUUGGAACCUAGUGGUGAUGAAGGAUCCUUAUUCAAGAGCUCUUUUAGGCCCACGUCCUCCUGGUCCUGACCCAUCCUUGCCCACAUCCUCCCAGAAGGGGCCCUUUCUCUGGGGUCUCUGCUGGCUGCAUGCUGUGCUUCCAUUUGAGCGCCCUCGCCAUCUCCCCACCCCCACCAAGUUGACCUGCAAGAACUUCACUUACCAGGGUAGAGAGGCCAGGUCUUGUCUGAAGACGUCUUUCAGUGGGGUGGUAGCCUAGAACUACUGACCUGGCUGUGGCUUUAGUCUUAAUGGGGACCAGGCUCACUGUCCCCUGCGAUAAAUAAGUGACGCUGUGACUCUGGCUUGAAUCUGGGGAGAUGGGCUCAGAGAUGAUGCUGACCCCAAGCUUGAACUGUUAGGUUUAAUACCUUCCUAACCAGGGGAGAACACCACCAUGGGAGAGGGGCGCUGCACUCAGCAAGCCCAUGUGUGGCCUCGUAGCAAGCCAGGCGCUCUGUGGUCUGGGCACAGCUGCCGGCAUGCUCCCUCCCUUCAGCCCCCUCAAGAAUCGCGUCCAAGCAAGCGUUUCCUCCAAUGUUAAGACUCCUCCUCUGAGACAUUAGAGCCUUUGAAGGUCAGGCAGCUGUGGGUGCACGCUCCUGCCACUGUCCCGUGUGACCCUGCCCAGACCCCUGUGUGAUGGGCAAAGCCCCUGCUCUCCCUGGUCAGCUUGUUGCACCCCCUUGUCAUGGAUGGCAAGUGGAAUUUCCUGGUGGGAUGAUGUCGGCAGUCAAUUUUCUCGCUGCCCUUGGAUGUGAGUGACCUGCGGUAGCUCUCGGGGUUGUGUGGGGCCCAGGUGGUGGCUCUUGAGGUCUCCCUAGAGAGGUGUGUCCUUGCGUCCUCCUGCUGAUUUGCCCAGCCCACCGCCCGCUCACUUGUGCUUUCUGCCAUGGUUCACCUCUCUCUGUGCCCUGUCAAUCAGUGUUAAACAGGCCGUGCAGAUCCUUCGUAAAUGCCAUGUUGGAACGUGAUCUAUACUGUACAUUAGAAGAUAUUUACCUUAUUUAUAUACCUAAAUGUUGCUAUCCUACACAAAUAAACAUAUAUUAGAUUCUA